AUGAUGGUGCACUGUGCUGGUUGCGAACGGCCCAUCCUCGACCGCUUUCUGCUGAACGUGCUGGACCGCGCGUGGCACAUCAAAUGCGUUCAGUGCUGCGAGUGCAAGACCAACCUCUCGGAGAAGUGCUUCUCGCGCGAGGGCAAGCUCUACUGCAAAAAUGACUUCUUCAGGCGCUUUGGCACUAAGUGUGCAGGCUGUGCGCAAGGCAUCUCGCCCAGCGACCUGGUGCGCAAGGCCCGCGGCAAAGUGUUCCAUCUCAACUGCUUCACCUGCAUGGUGUGCAACAAGCAGCUGUCCACGGGCGAGGAGCUCUACGUCAUUGACGAGAACAAGUUCGUGUGCAAGGAUGACUACCUGAGCUCCUCCAGCCUCAAGGAGGGCAGCCUCAACUCAGUGUCAUCCUGUACGGACCGCAGUUUGUCCCCGGACCUCCAGGACCCUCUCCAGGACGACCCCAAGGAGACGGACAACUCGACGUCGUCGGACAAGGAGACGGCCAACAACGAGAACGAGGAGCAGAACUCGGGCACGAAGCGGCGCGGCCCGCGCACCACCAUCAAAGCCAAGCAGCUGGAGACGCUCAAGGCUGCCUUUGCCGCCACGCCCAAGCCCACGCGCCACAUCCGCGAACAGUUGGCGCAGGAGACCGGCCUCAACAUGCGCGUCAUCCAGGUGUGGUUCCAGAACCGACGGUCCAAAGAACGCAGGAUGAAACAACUGAGCGCGCUGGGCGCCCGGAGACACGCCUUCUUCCGGAGUCCGCGGCGCAUGCGUCCGCUGGGCGGCCGCUUGGACGAGUCUGAGAUGUUGGGGUCCACUCCGUACACCUACUACGGAGACUACCAAGGCGACUACUACGCGCCCGGAGGCAACUACGACUUCUUCGCGCACGGCCCGCCGUCGCAGGCGCAGUCCCCGGCCGACUCGAGCUUCCUGGCGGCGUCGGGGCCCGGCUCGACGCCGCUGGGCGCGCUGGAGCCGCCGCUCGCCGGCCCGCACGCCGCCGACAACCCCAGGUUCACCGACAUGAUCUCGCACCCGGACACGCCGAGCCCCGAGCCGGGCCUGCCCGGCGCGCUGCACCCCCUGCCCGGCGAGGUGUUCAGCGGCGGGCCCAGCCCGCCCUUCCCCAUGAGCGGCGCCAGCGGCUACAGCGGACCCCUGUCGCAUCCCAACCCCGAGCUCAACGAGGCCGCCGUGUGGUAAGGCCGCGGGGCCGGGCCGCCCCCGGACGCAGCCGCCCGAACCGCCACGCCGCCCUCAGGGGUUCCCUCUCGCGUCCGCGCGCAGCGGCAGCUGCUCCUCGGCGGGGCGCGCGGGGGCGCCCCGGUAUCCACCCCGCGGGGCCGUCCCGGCGGCGCGAGCGGUGCUCGGGACCAAAGUCAA